AUGGCCUCCGAACGUGCAGGCGCCGAUGCCGCGGACGCUGCCAGCGCAGAGCCGGCCUCUUCAUGCCGUCCUGGAGACCCGGAGAACCGCUCGGCACGCUCUGGUGACGCUCUCCAUAUCCAUGACCCCUCCCCCUCAUCCUCUGCAACUGGUCCACUUCCUGGCGGUUCCUCCAUACCAAGACGGACGUCCCUCCCUAUCUCGUUUCCGCCCAUUUUCUUCCAGCGAAGCAAGGUGCCGUCAGCCUCCCUCGCUUCGUCCACUGCCGAAGGCAAACCGGUGCCAGUCACCGAUCCCGCGGCCGCUCAUCGCGCAUCUGCCUUGCACAAGCUGAACAGCAAGUACCCGUCGGCAGGCCGUCGCCACGGCUACACACCGGGGGCUCCCAGUGCCCAGAGCAGCACCUACUCCCAACCCGUCCUUGUGCGGACUUACAGCGGACCGUCGCCUUCCCAAGGCUCUCGCAGUUCCCGGUCUCGGCAAUACAGGCCCCCGAGCAGCAGCCGCGCUGUCUCGAGGCGGGUCCCGCUCCCCUCAGCUUCGACAACCGGGAGCGGUGCACCUGGGCAGCUCAUUCAGCCCACAGUCAGCGGUGUUGGCGUUGGUACUACCAGCAGUAUCAACGUUGAUAUAAACAGACACGUCCUUGAGAUCUCUGACAGUGCUUAUGGAGUGAAUAUGUCUCGUCCCUACAAGCCGAAAAAGGCCACUACUGGCAGCGGCAUGCUGCCGUUGCCAUGGCCAUGGCACUCAUCGCGCCAGGCACUUGAAGAACCAAAGCUGCCUCCACUCGAAGCUUUCUCGUUCAAGAGCUUCAUGGCUGACCUCCAAGCUCCCGGCGGAGACAACGACAUCAGCGCCGAUCUGGACCGGAUUGCUGAGAUAUGCGCCCGAUCCCGGUACUCCCUGAGCAGUCAAUACGAGGUUCACGUGGCCCCUCACGGUUCCGGCUCUUCAUUCAUGUCAGGCGCCGGCCUGAGACCUCCCUCCGCAUCGCGUAGGAAAGGCCACAGUCGCAGCCGGAGUCACGGGCAUGGCUCCGGGGGUCCAACUCUGCAAGCCAUCACCUCCGACGACGAGGCUUCCGCUCAAUCCCACCCCAGGAGAAGGGCCGGCGGGCGGCGGAGGAGUGCCGCGUACGGCACGCUAGAGACCAUCAUGUCCUCGAGCAGGUCAUCCGAGGAGGAUAAGUCCAAGAAGAAAUCCGCCGCCGAGCUGGCGGGCGAGGUCCGGGGGAGAGCAGCGCGGAAGGCAUUGGGGAACAACCCAAGCACAUCGGCCUCGGGCUCCGUGUCCGCAUCAACCGGAAACAGCAACAGCAAAACCACCACCACUACUGGCAGCGCAGACCAGCAACCUUUUACUCACAACACCACCUCAAGCAACUCCAACGCCAACACCAAACUAGCUCGCAAAAAAUCAGCCUCGUUUGCCACAGCCAUAAUAGACACCAGCAGCGGCCGCGCCUCGGGAAGGACUCAUAACAGUACCGUCGACUCCUCAUCCCGCAACACGGGUCGGAAACCGGCCAACACCAUGAACAGCAGCUCGUCCUCGGCUCUACUCAGCGAGCCUGCCCUUCCCCAGACAUCCCGCAGUCAUCUGGGCGUGAGAACUGCGCCUGCUCCGAGCGGUGUUGGUACGCCUGGCUUGCGAAGUGGGCGUCGUAGUGUUGUUGAGGAUGGUGGCGGGUUGCCGCAGCAGGAAGCCGCUUCUACUGGUAGUAAGGCUUCAGGGGGCGGUGGGACUGAGUCGUCGUCGUCGUCGUCGUGGGUGGGUUGGAAUCCUUGGCGGGUUGGCGGGGCGCAGGCGCAGGCGCAGGCACAGGCACAGGAGCAGAGUGGUGAACUUGUGCGUGAAACGAGGGCUAGCCAUGCGGAGGGAAGUCUGAGGUUGUUGUUGAAGAGCAGUGGCGGUCUUGGGGAGGGGCAGGUGGGGAGGGAGGUGAGAAGGUAG